GCUCAACAGUUUUUCCCCUGUACAAAGAGUGCGGCGUCCGAUUCUCGGGCGAAGGAGUUUUCAUCCAUGGCACGUGACCGAAGGUCUAGACGUGUGGCGGCAGCCGUGGCGGCCAGCGCGGCGGUCGGCUGCGCACCCGUGUGGAUUGCCUCAAGAGCUCCAUCCAGUCCGCACGCACUGGACCACCAUGCGCAGCCGGCUUCCCGCCCAACCAUGGAGGCGCCGAACCGAGGUUAUGCGGGAACGGCCGUGGUGAGCUGUGCGCUCUUGGCCGUGGCUGCAAGGCGGGGGCACUCGCGGGUCCAGCGCCGGGCCGGCCCGGUGGAGACGGCGCGGAAGCUGGGCCAAGAUGCAAAGGCGCUGGUGGACAAAGCGGGGCAGCUGGCACGGGACGCGGCCGAGGCGCCCGGCAAAGCAGCCAGAGCCGCCAACGACACCGCCAGGAGUUUCGGGAAGACGGCCGCCAUGGUGAGAGAUAACAUUGGGAACCUGAAGUCGGUGCCCGGAGAGCUGUGGCAGAAGUUCCAGCGGCCCUUCGUUGAGGUCUCAGCGGCCGCCGAGAGAACGGGCGCGAAGCUGAAGGAGCUGCAGGCGCCCAAGCCUGCCUCGAACUCCCCGCCAGCGCCCCAUGUGCUCGAGAACGUGUCGAAGAUCCCGGGAGGAAUUCGGAAACGCUUCGAGGACACCAUCACAGGCGCGCAGAACACUUUCAAGGCCAUCGUGGACCUUCCCAAGAACCUCGCGGAAGGCUUCAACAAGACCUCCGCCAACGUCGCGAAGACGGGGGAGGCGCUCCAGGCCUUGCCCGGACGCGUGCAGGCCACGGCGGAAUAUCUGGGCAGCUUGCCCGAGAAGACCGCGAAAAAUGUAGAGAACUUCUCCAAUGGUGUGUCCAACAUGGUCACCACCGUUGUGACCCUGCCAGAGAAGACCGCCAAGACGGUGGAUGCGACAGUGACAGGCAUCAGCCGAACCGCUGAGAACCUUGUCGCCUUGCCAGGCCGUGUUCAGGCGGGCGCCGAGAACGUGGUGGGCGGCAUCUCCUCCACGGUGGAUACUGUCGCCAGUGCCCCGCAGAAGGUGAAGCAGACUGUGGACACCGUUGCGAGUGUGCCCAUGAAGGUCUCCGAGUCUGUGCAGCAGACGGUGGACACCGUUACGAGUGUGCCCAGGAAGGUGUCUGAGUCUGUGGAAUCCGUGGCGAAUUUCCCCGGGCGGGUGGUGCAGACGGUGGACGGCGUUUUCACCACAGGGCGGAACGUCUUUGGCGCUGUGACGGGCGCUGUCUCCUUCCUGGCUGGCGGCGUGUCAGCUGUGGCCUCCGCCGUCGGCUCGCUCGCCUCGGCGCUUCCCAAGCCGAGCAUGCCGAGCAUGCCGGCGCCCGAGCCGAAAGCGGCACCGGAGCCAGCGAAGGAGAAGCCGCCAAGCUCCGUGCAGUUCGAGGCAGAGCUGAGGAAACAGAUCAAGAAGGACAAGGAGGCGGCGAAGUAGAGUCAAAGCCGUCCACGCCUGAGAUGAGGUUUGCGGGACCGAGAGAAGGAACCAGUGUUUCUGCCAUGCGGU